GUAUGAAUAUCUGGUAAGUGUUUGCCAGGAUCGAGAAGCAGCUUCCUCAUGCAGAGACACUCAUUGUCACAGAGAGCAACGUGAGCUGAAUCUAUCCACAGGUGAUCCACAAGUGCGGUGUCACGAUGCAUAAGAACCAGAAGGGCAUUGGGGGAAAUGCGGUUUUCUACAGACCAGUUGGAGGUGCAAAAGAAAUAAGAUCGGGAUACCUGUUCAAGUCUCCUCCCCAAAAACGGUUAAAGGCUGAGAAGUCUUGGAAGAGGAGAUAUUUUGUGUUGUUCAAAAUCAGUGAACAGGAACAUCAACUCAAGUACUUCAGGAGUCCACAGGAAAAGGACCGACCACUUGGAGGGAUCGAUUUAUCACAUAUCUCCCUGUUGAAUGUGAGCCCUCAAAACCACCAGAGAUGGGGAUGGGUGCAGAAGAGUUUCAAGUGCUCCCCGUCCUGUGUGCUCUACAUCAGGGUUGCAGACCGGGACUACUUUCUGGUCGGGGAGAGCAGCGAGGAAGUGGACGGCUGGUUCUCUGACCUGUUUGAUGCCCUGAAAAACCGACCACAUAAGUUUGUCAGUUCAGAGGACCUGUCUAUUGGGCCGAACACCAUUGAGACUAUUUCAAAACCCAUUGCACGGAGAAAGAGUUUCAGUGCAGUGCCUGAUCAGCAAGAGUUAAAACUACGAUCCAAGUCUGAUCCACCCUCACAUUUUAUGGAUGGAGAGACAGAAAAAGCAAUGAAGGAUGAAAACUACGCCAGAAGACGAGCAUCAGCGCCAGUAAAUCCAAUCUACGACUAUCCCAAAUCCUUCUUAAAACAACAACAAGAAGGUGCGGAAAAUGGCGGGACCGUUGGCAAACCAGAGGCAUUAUAUGAAACAAUGGUGGAAGUUAAACUUGCUCAAGCAGCUGACCGUGAAGUUGAAGAGGUCACGAGAGGCACCCUGAUGAGGUCCGUCACUCAGGUCUUUGACAAGCUGAAGACCCAGAUUUCACCGCUCCCUACGUUCGAUGAGGAGUCGGCCUUUGAAGACAGAGGUCGUCUCACUUCAGACUUCAGCAGCAGCUCCAGUGAAAACGGGGCCAUGUCUCCUGUAGAGAUGAUGGAGACGCAUCAUUUAAACAGAUUGGAAAAACAAAGCUCAACUGAAAGCCUCGACACCAUCACCCCGGAGGAGAGAGAAUUUGAGAUCAAGGUGGCGGAUUUGAAAAAACACCUGACGCUAACAGAAGUGGACGGGAAACCAAGUGUGUCAGGUUGGACAGGCCAGCCAAAGUCUGUGUGUCUGUUUCACAAAGAAGACCAGAUCCUGGCCAUCAAUGACCUGCACACCUGCAGCGUGGACGAGUUCAACAUGUUCCUUAACAAGUCUCUCAAGAGUGAGGCGAAAGUGACCAUCCUUCGUCUUCCUGGAUGUCUACCUCUGCACUCGCCAAACAUUCCCUGCAUUGACUGACAACCCACCGAUUUCUAGAGACAAAACAAUCCCUUCCACUCUACGUCUUUGUGUGUUUAAAUGACUUAAAGGGACCUCCCUUUUAAGGAUACUUGGUUGGACAAAGGUUUGACCACUUCAGACGACGGACUGUGUUUUAUGGAGAAGUGACGAGCUCUCUUUUAAAAGAAGAAUGUGUCACUUUUUGAUCCAGUAGAUUUCGCCCUUGAGCACCAGCAUUAAACCAAAACAAACUGCGGUUUGGGGACACCUCCGCUAUUCUGAAGCCUCCGCAGGCUAAUGUUAGCACACUUUGGUUAACUCGUAGCUAUAUUGCACAUACAUUGACACUGAAUGACCGUGAUCUAAAGACACUCAUGUGAGUAGGCUAUGUAAUUCUUCUUUUCUCUACUCCUUGACUUAAACAGCUUUAUACACAAGGCCGUCCUGUCCCUGUAAACAUGAUGUAAACACGGCUCCAACCACAGUACGAGCUGACGGUACUCACGCUUCUCUCUCAUUGUACAGUCAUGACUCAGAGAGACAUUUAUAGAGGAUAUACUAUAUUUACUGUAUGUGUAAAAUGUUGCUCAUUCUUCCUUUAACCUGUCAUAGUUAAGUUCAACCUAGUUUACUCUGUACAUAAGUCUAGAAGAGUUUAAAGUGAAUGAAGCAGAUAAAAUGAAGGUUAUUGAAACAAAUCUCACACACAUAAUAUCUAAGAAGAUCAGGUGUAUUUCAAACAAAUUCCUUUGUUCCAAAUAAUGACUUUAAGUAGAAGUAGAGUCUUAAGCUCAUUGUGUAUAUGUCAUGUAGAUAGGGGCUCAUUGUACUCAAACGUUGUGACUGGAAUGAAACGAAAGGCUGAGGGUACUCAGUCAUGUUUCCCCAAACGACACAAAAAACGUUCACAGGACAACAGUUCUGAUUCACAAGAUAAAGGAGAAAUGAAACAAGGCGUGUUGUGCCUUGUGCCUAACACCAACUCAAUACAAAAUAUUUUGUUACACAAAACUGUUGUUAUUUUGACACUUUUUUCGACACAUACUGUAAAAUACAGCAGAAGCAACUAAAAGUGUUGUUUUACGUGGUUCAAAGUGUAAACACAGCCAAGAUUUCUGGUGAUUCUGGAUAUGGGUUGCAGCUUUUCUUGCAGAAUCCCAAUUGUGACUUCAGUAAGAACACUUUAAAAAAAAGAAAAAAUGUAACAACUAACCGUUGACGUCGAGCAGAAGAGUACAAAUGGGUUUUAGAAAAUAAAAACGAUGACGAAAGGGAAGAAGACGUAGCGCCCAGAAUCUUCAUUUUUGAUCCCAAUGAAGACACUUGUUUUUUUGAUGAAUUUUCAAAGUCUAAUUGAUUUCCUAAGAAUGCGACUUAAGCAAUACCAGAUUCAUGACAAGUGUGAAUGCCUGCGGUGAUGAUUCAUUUCCAGUCUGCCUGGUAUGCUGCACCUGUGAUACCACUUCUUUGUAAGCCGUGCCCUCUGAUGAGAAGACAAAGAGACGAGCACACGUUGCUCCAGUCAAAACAGUUAAACACAUGCUACUAGUUACUUCUCUGAUACAUCCAAAAUUAAACUUUGAUUCAUUAUUUAUCUGAUAAGUGCUUCAGGAGACGACAUAUAAAAAAUAAAAGAUUUAGGAAAAACAGCAGUCUGUCACAUCAUCCACUGCUCAGGGACAGUCUGGUGAAUUAAUAUGCCGACAGAACGGUGUUUGACCUCGGGCUGUGUUUCACCUGUUCCUCUCUGAUUCCCGAACAGAAACAGUGACUGAGACAGCCGAGGACAAUUUGCUGAAAUGUAGCUCUAAUUCAAGUCGGAAAAUUACUUUUCAUCCUUUUUAAAAAUUAGGUCAGUUGAGCAGAGCCUCUCCCAGAUAAAGAAAACGCCCAAAUGGCUCCUCUCCAAGGACUCCUCAAUUCAAGUGCUACAAACCAAUCACCAUUUUUGAAAUCAUGUCACAGACCAGUGUCCACAGAGGGCGGGGAUAAAGCUGGUCUCUAAACUUAACAUCAAAUAAUUUAAUCUUCAUUUGUUAAUACCCACAUGGGGUUUUUUCCCACAACACCGUAUCAGCCGCUCAAAACUUUUUGUUUCAAGUUUUAAUGGAGCUGCUGUACGGAUCAGAUAUGAGUUCUGACAAGGCAAUUAUUCCGGAUGUUUAGUCUUUGAGGCUGUACUUUAACUGUGAUGCUCAAGCUGUGCUGUAUUAUAAAUGCACUUUAUUAUAAUGUAGUGCAUCCUUUACAAGGCUGCAGAUGAUGAUUGUACUGGGGGAAAUCUGUGUUUGAUUUGUAACAUACUUAAAAAUAAACUAUGCGAGAUUGAUGAAAA